AUGCCGUCCUCAAUACCAAACCUCCUCACCCUGCGCGGCAGAGGGGGCUCACGCGCCUCAAGGGGUAGAGGCAGAGCCCACCCUGAUGCGCAUGACACGACAAUCCAAGGCACCGACACCGAUGCUGCCGUCUCCCGCCUCAGUGCUGUGCACUGCGGCUACCUCACAGAUCCAUACGCCCAGUUCUUCGUCAGCGCAGAUGGGGGACCGCCGACAAGACGACUCCCCAUCAUCAACCGCGGCACAUACACACGAACCACGGCAUUGGAUCGGCUUGUGGAUGCAUUUCUCGAUGGCCGGGGACAGAGGCAAAUCGUGAGUCUAGGCGCUGGGACAGACACGAGGGUCUUCAGGCGGUUCGCAAGGGGCGAGACCGAAGGUCUAGUGUACCACGAAAUCGACUUUGAGGUCAUCUCGCAGAAGAAGAUGCGGAUCGUCCGAGGGAACCCAAUGUUGUCAAGGAUCAUGGGUGAGAUCACCGUCAGUGAAGAUGCGACCUAUUGGAGUAGUGAUCUUGGCACACGGGGGGAGUAUCACUGCCAUGGCCUCGAUCUUCGGAAACUGGUCGAUGCCGGCGAGAGCCAAGCUCUCAUACCAGGUCUACGGACCGACAUACCCACCCUUGUGGUCUCCGAAUGCUGCCUGUGCUACUUGGCGACUGAGCAGGCAGCGGCUGUGCUUGCGUACUUCCACAACCGCAUACAGUCACUUGGCACAGUCAUCUACGAACCCGUGCUAUCGCAUGAUGCUUUUGGGAAAGUCAUGACUUCGAAUCUUGCUGCGAGGGGCAUCAGUAUGCCGACGCUGGAUUCGUACCCUACACCGACAGAUCAGGAGAAGAGGCUAUCGGAGGCCGGGUUUCAUGGAUCAGUGAAAGCCAUGACUGUUGGGGAUAUAUGGAGGAGGUGGGUGAGCGAAGACGAGAAGACCAGACUUGAUUCGCUAGAGGGGCUGGACGAGGUCGAGGAGUGGGAGUUGCUUGCUGGGCAUUAUGUCGUCGCGUGGGGCUCGAAAGGCCUUGAUGUACAGGGUUGGAACGAACUGCCAAACUAG